AUGGUGAUGUUACAUAAAAUGUUGCCAUUGGUGAUUGACUGGGUUCUAACCUCGGUCUCUAAGAAAAAGCUCCCGUGCUAUAACAUCGAGACAAGCCGUCCCUCAAGUAUUAUCUCUUACAACAGUCAACAAUACACAUUCGACCUUCACCGUAAUCUUGCAUGGCAGUCUUCAGUCCACACAAUGUCCCUUGUGUCGGUUAGUGUUGUGUUCUUUUACUCGUGUUUUUGUGGUUGUGCUGCAUUACUUAGCUCCGACCCAGCGUUUCCUCGUAUCCUGGUGGCAAGUCCUGUGAGGGCGUGUCCUGGGGGGAUGAUGAGAGACCCAGGGGGUGACUGUCGUGCUGUGGUUGGGGGAGAGGACGACGAAAUAUGGACAGUGAGUCCGGGAGUGACAGGUGGAAACGGAGAAAUACAGGGAGGGACUUAUACGUCUGGGCCGACACAAGGUGAACAAUAUAUGAAUGGUCAGCAGUAUGGCAGUAAUAGCCUCUCAAGUCAGCAGAAUGGCAACAAUAGGCCUUACAUCAGCAGCCAAUACAGCAACAAUAGACCUUAUAUCAACCAGCAGUAUGUCAACAGCAGACUUUUCAGUAGAUUUAGGCCUAGCAGCAUCUCAAGCAACACUGUCAAUCGAACGUCUACAAGGCAAAGACGUCUCAGCGUCUACAAAGCUCUUCCGCUACACAAACGAUCCCGAUCAAAGGACGUUGAUGAAAUGAAAUCAAGUCUCACCAUGAAGACGAGUGCGCUGUUGCUUCUGGUAAUCGCGGUCUUCUCUGUGAUAGACGGAACCAAAUAUAAAGGGUAUGGAGGAGGUUAUGGGGGCUAUGGGGGUCAUGGAGGUGGUUGUUGUGGAGGAGGUCAUCAAGGUGGAUAUGUAGGUUACGCUGUCGUUCCCAUAUCCUAUGGUUACGGGGGUCAUGGCCAUGGAGGUUACGGUGGAGGUCACAAGAAGGGCUAUGGGAAGAAGUGGGGUUAA